AGCUCGCAAUCAACUCUCGAAUUACACAAUGCCUUCCUUCAUCAAGAAAGUAACCAUUGUCGGCGUAAGCAACAUCUUUCUUGAAUCUCAUUCGCAUGACAAGCUAACAAUCAACACAGGCCUCGGGAAAUAUGGGCAAACACACCAUCACCGAGCUCCUCAAGACCAACAUCCAAAUUACCGCCCUCACCCGCCAAGGAAGCAACCUUUCCGUCCCCAAUGGUGUCUCCAUCAAAGAAGUCGACUACGAUGACAUCUCCUCGAUCACCACCGCCCUCGAAGGACAAGACUUCCUCAUGAUCACCCUCUCCGUCAUCACACCUCCUGGCGUCCACAGCAACCUCGUCCAAGCAGCUGCAAAAGCUGGUAUCAAAUACAUCAUGCCCAAUGCUUACGGCUUCGACUUCCACAACAAAGCCUUGAUCUCCGAUAUCGAUGUCGCGUCUCGGUUCUCUGAAUACAGUUCUGAGAUUGAGAGGUUGGGUAUGAGUCACUUCAGUCUGGUCUGCAGUUUUUGGUAUGAGUGGAGUUUGGGUAUUGGGGUGCUCUACGGUAUCGACAUCAAGGAAAGGAAAGCGACAUUCUUCGAUGAUGGAACCACAAGAAUCAACACCAGUACUUGGCAACAAUGCGGAAGAGCUGUCGCGAAAAUUCUUUCCCUGCCGAUCGAUGGUGAAGGAGAGACGCUGGAAAGCUGGAAGAACAAGAGUUUCUACAUCAGCAGCUUCCGCGUUAACCAGCGAGAGAUGUUGGACUCUGUGCAUCGCGUCAUGGGUACUGAAGACAAAGACUGGGAGAUCAGCUAUGAGCCAACCAAGAAGCGAUACAUUCAGGCAGUGGAGGAUAUGAAGACCGGAGAUCGAAACGCAUUCGCCAAAGCGAUGUACGCGAGAGUGUUCUUCCCAGAUGGCAGCGGCGACUACGAAUCCAGAAGAGGCUUGAAUAAUGAGAUCUUGGACCUGCCCACUGAGGAGUUGGAUGAGGCUACCAAGAGGACUGUUGACUUGGUCGAGAGUGGGUGGAAUCCCUUUGGCCAGUAGCUUGUUCUGCAGAUUGUGUCGAUGCAGCUGCUGCAAUUGAAGAUGUUUUCGGACCCAGAGUCGUGUUCAGUGAGAGCAUUUCCGACAGCUCAUCUUUCCGGACAAUUGUAGUAGGAUGAAAGUAUUGCGCAUUUCUGUAGCUUCAAUGUGUCGUGAGGUGAAUACUUGAUGGCGAAGAUGUCAGAGUCCGUACAUCACAGAAUUGGAUGAUGAGAAUCCGGUCUCCAUGCGUAAGGUUCUAUUUCUGGACAUAUCGCAUUGCAGAAUGCGAUCAACAACCUAGUCGCUCCUGCUUGAGAGACCAACAGACGUGCCUUUGCACGAUUAUCUUCAAAAUUCGGCAGACCUUGCCCAGGAUCGCUACUGCCUCAGGCUCUCUUAGUGUUGUGGUUCUUCUUAUCAAGUUAAUUGUGCAUUCUCACAUUGCUUCUGGGUGAUU